AUGAGCGCAUUUACGGUCCCCAACUACCUCACCAGGCUAAUUCAUUUCGAUCCACGGGGGAGGCCCCUUCUUUGUUCGUGCCUCUGUUGCCCUCCCCUCCCCUCCGCCUUCUCCCGCUCCUCCGUUCGCCUCCCGGGGAUCCGUCGCUUCUCUCGUCUUCCAUUUCCCAAGGCCCUCUCAGGUGAGUCUGCUUCUUCUUUGCUUACUUCGGCGAUGAGGACAGAGUUCCGUGGCUGGACUCUUGUAGAGACGCAGGACACUGCGUCGCCAUGACCACUAGACGUCCUUUCCUCGGGUGGGGCUCUGCGUCGAUCACCCACCCCACCUACCCUCGUGGGGCUUUUGUGUCCCAUCUGCCACAGUUCCCACUUUUGAAUAAUUGCUAGCUGGAAAGGUACCCAACUAUCUUCCGAAUGCAUCGGGGACUAGUCAAUAAGGGACAACAUCUCCUGCUAGCCGCCCAGGAGACAAAGGUGGCUUUUGGAGAUCUCCCCGGAGAGGAUUUUGCUAUUUUCUCAACCAUAUAUCUAGAAAUUUUGUAAUCUUCUGUGGCCCAGGUCUUUCGAUUCGUAUAGAAGUAGUCUAUAAAUCUUCCUUUAUACUCUGUGAUCGAUUGGUACCCACGGUGGGUGUGCGUAGCUCUCUCGGCUGACUGUGAAGACUGAGUGUCCUUCUACGUAUUUCUUGUCCUUUGUAGCGGGUGGUGCCAUGCCCCCAGCUGAUUCGUCCAUGGAGGUUGUCAAGGCUGUGCUCAAACGAUGUUCUGUCCAGCCAGAAAGUGUUGUGAUAAGAGACCAGCACAAGAGCUACAGCUAUGCUCAACUCAUCUCUUCUUUUUGGAAGAUAUCCGAUAUCCUAUGCAAUGAAGACUUGAGCCGGGUAAUAUGGGUUCUUACUUACUGCAAUUUAUUUGAUUCUGAUGUACAUUCAUAAAGAACGACUUUGGCGAAAUGAUGGGCAUUCGGCCUGCAGAGGGGAUUUUCAUUAUUGUCAAGAGGACUGUUACAUUGAGAAAAUGUGAAAAUGCAGAUGACAUAGAUUAGAAGAUAGAAAAAAGUUUUUUUUUAAUUAUAAAACUAUUUUUUCGACGAGUAUUUCAUCCUGUUUUCGCUUUUUAAGAAGCCCUCUAGCUCUCCUCUGACAUACUUUGAUGUGGGUGCAGCCCUGCACUAGGGCCACAAAUGGAAUCUCCACGAACGGGAUCAAAGGAGGGAGAGGUCUGCGGGGGGCUCGGAUAGGAAUUGUUGCCAAACCAUCGGCUGAAUUUGUUGCUGGAAUAUUUGGCACAUGGCUCAGCGGGGGAGUUGCUGUGCCACUUGCUGUCAGCUAUCCUGAGGCUGAGCUCCUACACGUGAUGAAUGAUUCAGUGAGUUAAUUCCUCUUUCCUAUAUUUUAUUUUCUAUUGACUUAUCAUCAUCAUCAGAGGAAUUCCUGAUGCAGCAUAAAUCUCCACAUUCUGUGCAGUAAUAUUCCGUUUUCUCCUCAUCUUAAUCCUAGAGCAUGUGGUAAUUUUUAUUUUUUUUCAAAAUUGGCAUUAGUGCCUCUAAAUAACUAGUGGGGACCUUCAAUCAUACAUGUUUCAAUUUUAUUUGUCUAAAGUCCACUUUCAUAUUCUUUCUUAGGAAGAAGACAGUUUGAAUUUAUUUAAUUUAAUGUAGCACUAAUAGAUUGUCUCCAUGCGGAAAGAGAUCUUGCCUAUGUAACUAACCCCUACUGAUGGUUUUGAGAACGUUAUUAGUUGAAGUGUAUAGCGUACAAAUAUUUAUUUAUUUAUUUAGUCCGUUUUAAGCCAGAUAAUGUUUUAUAUGAUACUCUAACACUAUUUCAUUGUUAGGAUGUCUCUGUCGUUUUGUCCACUGAAGAGCAUCAAGAACUCCUCAAGAGUGUUGCUGUGAAAUGUGGUGCUCGGUUUUCUAUUAUCUCCGAUGUUCUGAACAGUACGACAUCCGAUCUGGGGUCACUGAGGAAAGAAAUGGAUGAUUCAAGUUGUAUAGUUGAAGGUGAUCACUGGGGGGCCUCACUCUUUAUCAUUCAGUAGACUGAGGCACACUCAAUCAAUUAUUUGGUCAUGCAGGAGAUGGCAAUGCACUGAUUGUCUACACGAGUGGUACAACUGGCAAACCCAAAGGGGUGGUCCACACUCACGCAGGCAUAACUGCUCAGGUGAAGAUUUUUUUCAAAUCAUUUACACUCUAAACAUAAAACGGGCCGUUCUACGGCACAUUAUUUAUCUAAUUAUAUCUUAUGCUAUUUUAUUUUUUUCUUCAAGAACGGAUGAGCAUGACACACCUUAGGGCAGUAUUUUUUUUUCUCUUUAAACUUUGUUGCUUCUUGAAAAGUAUAUUGCAAAUUAUCUAUGUUUUCCGCUUGACAAUUUUGAUCACGAAUAACCUGUGGAUGUAGUUUCAUCUUUUUUGGGUAGCGAUCUUUACGGGAUGUUUUGGUGUAUAAUAAAUACUCUUCUGGCCCGAUUGCAGGUCGAAAUUCUGACAGAAGCAUGGGAAUAUUCAUCUGCUGAUCAGUUCCUGCACUGCCUUCCUUUGCAUCAUAUCCAAGAAAUGAAACGAUUUUUUGUGAUCUUUAUUUCUGAAUAUGAAAUGACAGAUUAUUUCUGUUUCAUUUUUUCUGAAGGCUGAGGUUUAUUGUGCACAGUCCUUAACCCCCACCUCACAUGUGCAUGGUCUUUUCAAUGCCCUACUUGCACCUCUUUAUGCUGGCUCUGUGGUAAUAAUCUUGUCAGAAGCUAUCCAUUCAAAACAAGCUUUCUGUUAUUUGUUGUUGAGAAGGUUUUUUACUCCUUGAGUUUCUAGGUUGAGUUUAUGAACAAAUUUAGCGUUCGUGGAAUCUGGGAAAGAUGGCGUGAAUCUUACCCCAAAGAUGGUUCUAAAGUUGAUAACGCUGUCACUGUUUUCACUGGGGUAAGCGAUCCCAUCACAGACCAAUGUGUUCUCCUCACAAUGUUGAAUUUCCCUUUUGAGAUGAUGUGACCCGUACGAUUUUAGAAUUAUCUUCAAGAUUCAUACUUUACUGUCAUAAAUUGGUUAUCUGCCAUGUUACUUAUAGGAAAGGUGUAUAAAAAUGGAAAUAUAUUGGGUCGGGUGUAUAAUGCUUUUCAGAAAAACACAAAGCAGCGUCCAAUGAGAUAAGGUUUCCUGAAGUGUGGCCACCAGAUGAGGUCUGAUGAUCCACUUGAUUUCAUGGGGAACAUGCUGAUAUCACUGUUUCCUUUUUUGGAAGGCUCCAAAAAUAAUAAUAAUAAAAAUAAUAUAUAUAUAUACCUCAUGGGUAAGGUUUCCUUCGUUGUCCUUCUUACUUGCAGUUGAGGCAAGGCAUUUCAGAAAGUCUUGUCUCAAUUUAAUGAAACCAGUGGAUCUACAGAGUUCUUAUUUCCUGUGAGGCUGAGGUUACUUGUGUUGGUCUCCUUUCCUUCUACGAGUAGUUCUAUGAUUUUUGCAUACCGUAGAGAUGGCCCUUCAAGCUUCCAUAUUCCAUCCUUCGCUACUUAAUGGUUAAGUUUAUUGUAUACUAUUGUUGCUGAUGGAGGGGGACUUACUAUUUUAGGUCCCAACAAUGUAUACAAGGCUUGUACAAGGCUAUGAAGCCAUGGAACCAGAACUGCAAUCAGCUUCUGCAUAUGCUGCGAGGCAGCUGCGUCUCAUGGUAAAUGGCAUGUAUCAUUUUUCUCCUAUGUGAAAACUAGCUUUUCUUAACUCUAUAUCAUUAUGAUGAGAGCAUUAAACGUCAAGUUAAUCUUUUGGACCUUUCCAUUUGGCAAAACUGAGGUAAACCUCUUCUUCGAUUCAGCAAAAAUGGAUAAUUUUCUGCUGUUGGUUUGGUUCGUUAUUUUAUUUACUCUACUAUUGAUUCAGGUGAUGGAAGACCGAGGUAUCUUUCUAUUUGUCGUUUUACAACGUUGGAUUCAGUCGUCGUCUCUAAAACCAUGUCAAACCAUCUUGAAUGAAGAAAAUUAUGUGCAUCCUCUGACCAUAAUAUCGUCUUCUCAGUCUACCGUUGGUUACUGAACUUCACUUUAUUUUUGCUUAUUUCAAAGCCUCCGUUAAACUGGGCUGCAACUACCUUUUCCAGCUGAAGUGAAAUUUCAUGACACCAUUCAAAAUAGAAGAGAUGACUAUUGAGCUUCUUGUCUCAGACCGGUCAAAAUUUUAUAAAAUUCAUCAUGCUCUCCAUUAAUAUGGAUAGAAAAACCUAGUUGGAAAUAUACUAUCCUUUACAAAUUCAUCCAUUUUUUUUGAAAAAUCAUCGAAUGAAGGUCCUAUGCUCUCUGUGGUUAUGAUUUCAAAUAAACUUUUCUUGCGAACUCCUGUCCAUUAGUUUCCUGGGUGAUUUCGUUGAAGCCAAAGUCAAUAUUUUUCGACAAUUGCGUAGCUGAAGAGGUUUUAUUCUGCGAGGAGAAGGGUUAUGCUAGGCAAUAUAUUGAAUAAACUUUCUUUUUUUUUAUUUUCUUGAUGGGCUAUUGUUUGCUUUAAGCUGGUUGGUUUUUUUUUUUUUGGAUACGUUUCUUAUCAUCGAGGAAUAUGAAUAAACUAUAGAAAAAGGUUAUAUCUCAAAUUAACAGUAAACGAAACUUUAGACCACGUUCAGUGGAAUUGCCAUGCAGGAUUGAGUUUGUUUAUUUAUUAAUUUUCUUGGAAAUAAUUGAGGCAUAUGGCCAUUUCCUCAGAUGUGUGGCUCAUCUGCACUUCCCUAUCCUCUCAUGAAACAAUGGGAAAGUAUAACAGGCCACUGCCUCUUGGAACGCUAUGGCAUGACUGAGGUGGGUUACGCCCUUUCUAGCUUAAGCUCUCAUUUUUUUUGAAGCAGCAACUUCUAUUCAUACAUCUUCAUUAAUGGUAGAUUUUGCACUGCUAACCAGCGAAUUUCUCUUGACAGUUUGUCAUGGCAUUAGCUAAUCCUUUGCAUGGUGUAAGAAAGGGAGGCACUGUCGGAAAACCCCUCCCUCGUGUUCAGGUAUGUCAUUUUUAAUAAAUUAACCUCAGUUUAUUCACUGCUUAUUUGGUUGGGCAUGUACAAUGCAGGUGUGCCAUUCAUUCCAUAAUGCAAAUUAUGUAAUGUUUUAUCUUUUAUGCAUUAGUAUAUUCACAUUGAUGGCCACGGAUUAGUGAUCCAUCACACCUUACCAAUAGGGAAAAUCAGUGUCUCUACUGUUAUGAACGUGAUGAAUUGACAGCUAUGCCCAUGCCUAUGCUCUUUUGAUUCUCUGGGACUUUCGAUCUUUAAUUGUGACUUUGGUCUAUUAUUUGGAGUUUGAUGUUUCGCUCAAUAUUAUAUCUUUAUAUAAAUACAUGUGCCUUGCUAUCGUUAUAAUGUUAGCUGGAGAAGGUACUGGAGAAAGAACAUGGAUUGACAUGGUCAACGCCUUUGACAUUCUAUUGAUGUUUCUUUUACUAAAUGUAUGAUCUUUGGCGUUUAUGUUGCUUAGUGAUGGAUAGUUACAACUUAUAGUCAGUACAUUAUUCAUUAUCUGUUGUUGGGAGCAUAUAUAUAUAUAUUUAUUAUAUAAUAAAUAACUGCUUCAUCUGAAUUGAUUAUUGCAAGAAUGUGGCAGAGAUAAUCUUUUCUCGUUAACUGAUGGGCAGGUCAAAAUUAUUUCUGAAGAUGGUAAUGAAGUCAACUCGCCUGACGUGGGCGAACUUUGCGUUAAAAGUCCUUCAUUGUUCAAGGAAUACUGGAAACAGCCUGAGGUAUUUUUUAUUACCCCACGCAUGUCCCUUAAGAUGCUCAUUUCCUUAAACCUUUUUUACGCUCAUAAUUAUUUGCAAUUCAACCCUCACAAGUACUCUAGAUCGGUUUUUUUUAAAUAAAGUGGAUUUUUUUGAAAUAUUAUAGCAUCUUUUAUACCUCCUCGUAAUUGUUAUUCAUGUUGACCUUAUAAGGUUACGAAGGAAUCCUUUGAUGACAAUGGCUUUUUCAAGACUGGAGACACUGUCAGAGUGGACGAGGAUGGGUACUACGUCAUCUUGGGACGUAAGGGAGCUCUCUCUCUCUCUCUCUUUCUCUCUCUCUCUCUCUCUCUCUCUCUCUUUCUCUCUCUACUGUUUAUGUGUUAUCUAAUUAUAUUAGGUAAACUUUUUGGCGCAGAGGCUGUUAAUUUUCACUGCUAAUUCCAUCACAAGUAGGAAUAUGAUGACAUCAAAUGCAGUAUAAUAUGUGCAUAAUCCAUUAUUAUUAUUAUUAUUAUUUAUGCAGAAAAUGGAAGCUGACUCCAUUAAUGAUGUCAAACUUCUCUGCUGUAGUUUCUGUUUUCCCAUCAAUCUGGAAGUCUGAAGUCACUUGCUUCUGCAGGCAGCAGCGCUGAUAUAAUGAAAGUCGGCGGUUAUAAGUUGUCAGCUCUGGAAAUCGAGUCAAUAAUCUUGGAGGUCAUAAUGUUAUAAGCUUCCAUGUUUUAUGCUUUAAAUAGCAUAAAACAUGCUAUUUAAUUUGGGUUGACCACCAAGCGGUCUCCCCAGCCACCCCGCCGUCCCCUAUGCUUUCAACUCUUAAAAGGAUUUAAUUUGUCUUGGACAGCAUCCAGCUGUGUCAGAGUGCUCUGUCAUGGGUCUGCCUGACGAGGACUACGGAGAAGCAGUUAGCGCUGUCAUUGUUCCUGUGGCAAGUGCUAGGGACGCGGCCGAGUCCAAGCCAGCUCUGACCCUGGAAGAGCUACGGAUUUGGUCCAAGGAUAAGCUUGCUCCAUACAAGGUCUCUCUCUCUCUCUCUCUCUCAUAUUUCCAGCUCAGGUGGGCUCCCAUUCUGUGUUUGGUACAUCAAAGUUAGCUUCUUUUCUUUUUGUACUAGGAAUCUCCUCAGUUGACCUUUCUCUUUCCUCACUACUGCUACAUUUUUUGUCUGCUUUCUGACACAUCUUUGCCUUGAGCCGUAUGAUACUAAAAAAUGUCAACGGGCAGGGUUGUCGGGCCGGAGUCUGUUUCCUUCUGGGCUUCAUUUUGAGGCCCAAGACAGGGAAAUGAGCCAAGAUGGGCUCUUCGCCAGCCCGGCUUGACCCAUGUGAUGCAAUCUAAUGGAUUCCUCUUCUUUUUCAGAUUCCCACGAGACUCUUUCUGUGGAAUUCUCUUCCCCGAAACGCAAUGGGAAAGGUGGCCUCUGUGUUUCCCUCUAUUUUUUUAAAAAAUCGGAUCUUUUUCAGAUGGGAAUGCAUUCCGUGUAUCAUUCUGAUUCCUAGCUUCGCUCCAGGUGAACAAGAAGGAAUUGAAGAGGUUGCUGGAGUAA